AUGCGUAUGCCAUCAACAUCAACUCUGCUGAACAUUGCAAUCGGUGGUGGUUUUGUUUCGAUAGUUGGAGUUACUUAUUUCCAAAGUAGAAUUCAGAGUAAUUUUCGACAGCAGGAAUAUUACAAGAAAUCAAUUGAAUUGCUGAAUGGAUACGAGCCUGCCAUAAAAGCCUUGGGACCUCCAAUUCAGUUGAAGUACCUUCAUCUGUGGGAUGGAUCAACAUGGAGUACAGGUUUUCAAGCUCAGUUGAAGAUACCAUUAAAAGGACAAAAUGAGAAAGGUGCCUUGCAUGUAUGGGCCAGCAGAAAAGAUGUACAUGACAGCUGGAACAUUGACCGCCUUGAUGUUGAAGUGGGCAAGUCACAAGCUCUGACCUUCUACAAGUCAACCCGUAAUGACCUGCAACCAGCUGACAGUGCGAAAGAUGAUGUUGCAUCUCAAGAUUUAAGUUACGGUGCGGCUGUUGCUAAUGAGACUGAGAACAACUGA